AUGUCAGCUCGUACUGACAAUAACGUAGUGGUGCCCAAUGAAGCAUACUCCCGGAUUAUGGGGUUUGUUUCCGGAAUGUUCUCCGGACUCGCUAAAAAUGCAGUGGGCCAUCCAUUUGACACAGUCAAGGUGAGGCUGCAGACUUCGCAGGAUACAGGGAGGUUCAAAGGGCCUCUUGAUUGUGUUUAUCAAACUAUGAGGCAGCAGGGUGUUCGCGGGUUCUACCUUGGUUUCACACCACCUUUGGUUGGGUGGAUUCUGAUGGACUCUGUGAUGCUAGGAUGCCUCCACAACUACCGUAUGCUGCUCAAGAAGUACGUGUAUCAGCACGAAGAGAAGCUGCCUCUGUCGGGCUGUAUUCUCAGCGGUGUCAUGGCGGGCUGGUCGGUGAGCUUCAUCGCAGCGCCAGUGGAACUGGCCAAAGCCAAAUUGCAGGUUCAAUACGAUGCCAAGACCACCAAAUAUCGCGGACCCAUUGACGUAAUCAAAAAGGUUUACGUCGCGGAUGGUAUCAGGGGUCUUUACAAAGGUUUGAUAAGUACGCUAAUCUUCAGAACACACUUCAUCUAUUGGUGGGGGUCCUAUGAAUUGCUCACACGCUGGUUCAAAGCCAACACAAACCUGAGCGAUACUGCGAUCAACUUCUGGGCCGGUGGGUUUAGUGCUUCUUUUGGAUUUUGGACUACUGCUUACCCAAGUGAUGUGAUAAAGCAGGUCGUCCUGUGCAGCGAUAAAUACGACGGAAGCUUCAAGUCCUGGAAAAUGGCUGCGUCUGACAUCUGGCGCUCAAAAGGUUUCAAGGGAUUCUUCAAAGGGUUUGUUCCAAGCUUUUUGAGGAGUUUCCCUGCAAACGCGGCUGCUCUAGCGUCGUUUGAGUUCGUCCUCAGAGUAAGUGGUGCCAAGCCGUAA